UUUGUAAUAUUCCCUUCGCUUCUUCUUCUUCUUCUUCAAUUGGCUUCCAUCGAGUCCAGAAAUCCAGACAGGAUCGUGGCAUACUCAGUCUCUGUAUUGUAUACUAGAAAAAAGCUGAUCCAUGGGAUGCUCUGCCUCUCUUCCCGAUAGGAAUUCUGGAGGUUUAAGUGCUCUUAACAGUUCCGAAAAUGCGCCUCCGGCAGAUACCAAGAAUCUACGGGUAAAGUUAGUCCUAUUAGGAGAUUCCGGUGUUGGUAAAAGCUGCAUUGUCCUCCGCUUUGUCCGUGGUCAGUUUGAUACCACAUCAAAGGUAACUGUUGGAGCUUCAUUCUUGUCCCAAACAAUAGCUUUGCAAGAUUCAACCACAGUUAAGUUUGAAAUAUGGGAUACAGCAGGUCAAGAGCGGUAUUCUGCACUUGCACCGCUAUACUAUCGUGGAGCUGGAGUUGCUGUUAUCGUAUAUGAUAUAACAAGUCCAGAUUCAUUCAAGAAAGCUCAGUACUGGGUUAAGGAACUGCAAAAGCAUGGAAGCCCUGACAUAGUAAUGGCUUUAGUUGGUAACAAGGCCGAUCUUCACGAAAAGCGAGAAGUACCCGUCGAGGAUGGAGUUGAGUUUGCGGAGAAGAACGGGAUGUUCUUUAUCGAGACUUCGGCAAAGACAGCAGAUAACAUAAAUCAACUUUUUGAGGAACUCGGCAAGAGGAUCCCUCGUUCACCUCCUUCAUGAUCAAGCGCUUGACGGUCCAAAUGGACACAAAAGAAGAAGAAGAAGAAAGUAGCUGUUGAUGAGACCCACUUAACCACAUGUGAGAAUGAACUAGGGGUGGACACUUCGGUUCGGGAAUUUAGUACCGAUCCGAUCCGUCCCGAAACCAAACCAUACCAAACCGAACCGAAUAAUGUUUGGUUCUAAUUUGGUACACUUUUUAUGGAACCGAAUGAACCGUUCCCAAACCGAACCGUAUGAAUACCGAAUCGAACCGUAUGAAUACCGAACCAAAAUUCGAAUA